AUGCUGUGCCUGAAUCUUCAGUCCGUGCUGAUCCUCUGCAUCCUCUUGGCUGGAGUUCAGGGAGAUAGUGAAGAUUUUGACCCAUACAAGAUCCUGGGGGUCACCAAGAGCGCAAGUCAGGCUGAAAUCAAGAAGGUGUAUAAACGCCUUGCUAAAGAAUGGCAUCCAGACAAAAACAAGAGUCCAGAAGCAGAAGACAUGUUCAUUAAGAUUACCAAAUCCUAUGAGAUCUUAUCCAAUGAAGAAAAAAGAGCCAAUUAUGAUCGCUACAAGCAGACCAACUCCCAGCCUUAUGGGCCGCAUGGCUUCCGUCAUUUCCACAACAACUUCUACUUCGACGAGUCCUUCUUCAACUUUCCCUUUACCAACAAGGGCAGCCGUGAUUCCACCGAUAGCAAGUACACCCUGCAUUACAACCAGUAUGUCAACGAAAUUGUACCUGACAGCUUCAAAAGACCGUAUCUGAUCAAGAUCACCUCAGACUGGUGCUUCAGCUGCGUUCACAUGGAUCCCGUGUGGAGGGAGGCGGUGCAGGAGCUCGAGCCUCUCGGUGUAGGAAUAGGCGUGGUCGACGUCGGCUAUGAGAGACGCCUGGUGAAUCAUCUGGGCGCUCACCGCACUCCUUCCAUACUCGGCGUCAUCAAUGGAAAAGUGGCUUUCUUUAACUAUGCUCUGGCCAAGGAGCACCUCAUGCAGUUUGUGGAGGACCUGCUUCCUCAGAGACUGGUGGAGAAGGUCACUGACCGGAAUGACCGUGAUUUUCUGAAGAGUUGGUAUGAUGUUAACAAGCCACACGUUCUACUUUUUGACCAAGUGCCUGCGGUUCCUCUGCUGUAUAAGCUGACAGCAUUCGCCUAUAAAGACUAUGUGCAGUUUGGCUACGUUGACCAGGGUCUGUCUGAGACGGCCAACCUGCUCAAGCAGUACAACAUCAAUACUUACGCUCCAACCAUGCUCGUCUUCAAGGAGAACACAGAUAAACCGGCCGACAUUAUCCAGGCAAAAGGGAUGAAAAAACAAAUAAUUGAUGAAUUCAUCUCCAACAACAAAUUUCUCCUCGCCCCUCGUCUGGUGAAUCAGAAGGUCUUCGAUGAGCUCUGCCCUAUCAAGCAAUUCCAUCGGCGCAGAAAAUACUGUGUUCUGCUCAUCACUGGGGAGGAGGAAGUCUUUGUCCCAGGAAACAAAGCUUUCUUGUCUCUGGCCUCCGCGAACACUGAGGAGGUUCUACGCUUUGCAUAUGUGUACCAACGCCAGCAGCAGCCUCUGUGUGCUGUGCUGCUGAAAAACAGAGACACUCCACCACAGGUGGUAAUCCUGGAGCGGCGUAACGGGGCCGGUAAGGUUCUCUACAAGCCUGUCCAGGGUGGUUGGAACGGCAGUGAGGAGGACAAACACAGGCUGCUGGAGGAGCUGGAGCGGCUACGGAAAGACCCCUCCAUUCUUACCCAUGAUGCCAUGCUGCCUGAGCUCAAUAACGAGUUCGCUUCAAUGUUUUUAAUCAGAUGGAUUUAUGCAGCGUACGAUUACUUGUCUGAAAUUAUUGAUGAUGUUCUCCACAAUAAUUGGCGUGAAAUGAUGCCUCUGCUGUCUCUGAUAUUCUCUGCACUGUUCAUCCUGUUCGGCACAGUGAUUAUUCAGGCUUUCAGUGAUUCUGGUGAGGAAAAACAGACAAAACCAAAGGCAAAAGAAGCAGCAAAGACCCAGAAUGGCUCACCAAGCACAGCCAACACUUCCAGCCGACCACCAAAGAAGAACUUUGUGGAGGUGACUGAGUUAACGGACAUCACUUACAUCAGUAAUUUAGUAAAGCUGAGACCAGGCCAUAUCAACGUGGUGCUGGUGCUUACAGACGCAACCAAAAACAUCCUGCUCAGCAAAUUCGCCAAGGAGGUUUACUCCUUCACUGGGAGCCAGACGCUGCAUUUUUCCUUCCUGAAUGUGGAUAAGCACAACGAGUGGAUGUCUACCCUGCUGGAAUACGCCCAGGACGCCAUGCAGCUGGAGGCAGAUGAGGAGGAGGAGGCCAGCAACCGCAAGACGGACUACACGGGCUACGUGCUGGCGCUAAACGGUCAUAAGAAGUACCUGUGUCUGUUCAAGCCAGUGUACACGGGCGAGGACGCUAACAGCAGGCCGGAGGAGGAGGCAGGGAGCUCCAGAUCCAGGUCAAGCUCCAGAGAUGACCACCAGCACAGGAAAGGAGGGGCACGCUCACGCUCCACAACUCUCCACAUCCACCACAAAUUGGACCGUCUGGGCCUGUGGAUGGAACGGCUGAUGGAGGGCACGCUACCUCGCUACUACAUCCCGGCCUGGCCUGGCCUGGACAAGAUUACGGUCAAUAAGUAGAGCUGGGAAUCCUUGCACGUGUUGAACAGAGACAGCAUAAGUUUUUUUGGGAACAGUUUUUCAUUGCUCCUAUUGCAGUGUGACUCUGGGUGGCGCUGUAGGCUUCAUGACCUCAGAGCUCAGACUUAAGGCUUACACAGAUGCUGUAAGUGACCCGAGUCUAACAGUAGCUCCAUUUAACCAUGAUGCUGCUCCGGUUGUUACUUUAAAGGUACAAUAAAUAGGGAUGUCCAUUAAUACAUGACCAAAAAUUAUGUAAUACAAGGAAAAAUCCACCCUGAACAAAUCCUGAGUUAAACGUCUUUUAAUCAACGGUUCCCUGUGUUACCCACAGUACCACUUGUCCUGCUGAUAAUGGUACAAUGGGAUUUAGCCCUUGCUUAAUCUUUACUUGCAGCAAGUGAUGCAGUGGCGCUUUAGUAUUUCAGUUUGUCAACCUCUCUCUCACCUCAUCAUUUGUACACUCAAAAAAAAGAUCUGCUUCCAAAUACUACUGUAAACACCAUUUCACUUUACAUGCACGCUACUGCUCUGUUGGCUCCCUCAUUAAUAUGAUAGGGAACAUCGCUGGAACGUGCUGAUGGGAAAAUAAGCUCUUGCUGUUUUGUUUAGUGUUCUCAGAGCUAACAGUGUUAUUUCAGAGGUACCAGUUAUCUCUUAUAUUUUGGGGUCAUUAAAAGUGUAGUCUACAAUUAAACACCACUGUAACUGCACUAGCAAUAACAGUGUCUUUCUGUGAUGUCAGCGUGGCACCAGAAUCACUACAGAUACUACAAAUAGUUCAGUAGAAACAUACAGUGGCAUGCGAAAGUUUGGACACCCCUGGUCAAAAUUUCUGUUAAUGUGAACAGUUCAGCAAGUGGAAGAUGAAAUGAUCUCCAAAAGGCAUAAAGUUACAGAUGACACAUUCCCUUAAUAUUUUAAACAAAAUAAUUUGUUUAUUUUCAUCAAUGAUGUUUAGGUCAGAAGACUGUGAGGGCAAAACCUUGAAGAAACCAAGAAGCUUGCGCCUCUUGAGGUAGUCCAUCGUGGAUUUUGGGGUGUGUUUAGGAUCAUUAUGCGUUUGUAGAAGCCACCCUCUUUUUACCAGCAACUUCAGCAGAAUUUGUUGAAAUUUAAUUGAAUCCAUUCUUCCCUUUACCCGUGAAAUGUUCCCCGUGCCAUUGGCUGCAGUACAAGCCCAAAGCAUGAUCGAUCCACCUCUAAGCUUAACAGUUGGACUGGUGUUCUUUUCAUGAAAUUCUGUGCCCUUUGUUCUCCAAACAUGCUUUUGCUCAUUGCGGCCAAAGAGCUCUAUUUUAACCUCAUCGGUCCGCAGGACUCUUUUUCCAAAAUGCAUCAGGCUUGUGUAAAUGUUCUUUUGCAAAAUUCAGACGCUGAAUUUUGUGGUGAGGACGCAGGAGAUGUUUUCUUCUGAUGACUCUUCCAUGAAGGCCAUAUUUGUGCAGGUGUCGCUAAACAGUGUACCACAACUCCAGAGUCUGCCAAAUCUUCCUGGAGGUCUUUUGCAGUCAAACGGGGGUUCUGACUUGCUUUUCUAGCAAAAAUAUCUUGGUCUUCCAGACCUUAUCUUGACCUCCACUGUUCCUGUUAACUGCCAUUUCUUAAUUACAUUCCAAACUGAGGAAAUCGGUACCUGUAAACACUUUGCUAUCUUCUUAUAGCCUUCUCCUGCUUUGUGGGUGUCAAUCAUUUUCAUUUUCAUAGUGCUAGCCAACUGCUUAGAGGAACCCAUGGCUGCUGAUUGUUAGUACAAGCAUAGAGGAGACUGGGUAUUUAUAAAGCUUUGAAAUUUGUAUCACUUUGCCUUUCCUAACGACGACUGUGAACAAGCCAUGAACCUAACAGGCUAAUUAAGGUCUGAUACCUUGGUCAAAGUUAUCUGAGAGGUCAAGUCUCCUGGGGUUCCCUUUCUUUUGCAGGGUGCUGCUUUCCCUUUUUCACUCUAAAGUUGUAGAAAACAAUUUACUGAUAUUGCAAAAGAGUGUUUCAUGUUUAACUUUAUGCCUUUUAGAGAUCAUUUCAUCUUCCACUUGCUUAACUGUUCACAUUAAUAGAAAUUUUGACCAGGAGUGUCCAAACCUUUGCAUUCCACUGUAUGUACUGUGUUUCAGGGUGGAGAUUUCCUUAAGACAUGGAGAAGUGAAAGCUUACUGUAGUCGGGGUAUAUAUAUAUAUAUAUAUAUAUAAACAUAUAUAUAUAUAAACAAACACACACACACACCUUUGGGGCAAACCUGACCUGAUCCGCUGCCUCCCACACUACAGUCACUUUCACCUGUUAAAUGUAGCAUGAACUAAAAAAAAAAACUGUAAAAGUGGGAGGCUCUCAUUUUACAAGUUUCAUUUAAACACCUAAACAGUAAUUGUUAGUAUUUUUAAUAAAUAUAUAUUAGUAUCAAGCAUACAUGUACAUAUAUAUAUAUAUAUAUAUAUAUAUAUAUACAUAUAUACAUUCUGUCCUGAACAGAAGGAUCUAGAAGACAGUGUCUUGCUUGUGCAAUAAGACGAAUUUGCCUUGAACCUGUUUCUUUCUGUGUGAAAUAUCUGUGUAAUAAUGAAGUGCUACACAGUGAUCCCUGCUGCAUUUUGCUUUCCCGACAGUCUCGGGGCAUUUAGCAUGGAAUCAGAUGUUCUUCAUCCAGUAAUAUUAACUACUCCUGUGUGUUUCUGUUUGUGCAUUGAGAAUGUUUCAAAAAGAUGUUCUGUAAGGAAAACUAAUUUGACUGAAAUCAUCCUUUCUUCCUUUUCUAAAAAGAAAUGAGUUGAAACGUUAAAAAAAAAAAAACAAACCUCAGUUAAGAUAGAACUCUUAACAGGCUUGUGUGAUUGCAUCAUAAAAUAUAAGAGCCUAUCAGGUUCCAGUAUGCAAAUUACAGGAGGAUUCCACAAUCAUAUUAUAUAUUGUCAGAACAUUCUGUAUCAUUUAGCUGACAUGAAACAUUCUCACAAUAGGCGAGUAGAGAAGAUACCAACAUGGCGAGUGUGUACGGGAAAUUCCCAGAGUUAAAAAUGUUAAAACGCUAACAGUCAUGCUAGGGAGCUUGUUUAUUCCUGUUGUAUUGAUAACCUGUAGUUCCUAAUCAUUCGGGAACAUUGUAGCUGCUUCUGUGCCUUUUUCUGUUGUCCGACAUUUCAUUUUUGUGGACCGAGUUUUGGAUGAUUUUUUUUUUUUUUACAGCAUGAUAAUCCAAAUCCAGUCUUCCAUCCCAGAAGAGAUUUUAGGACAGGGCUACCAGAUGAAGCAUUAUUUCUUACCAGAGUGCUGUUCAAUGGUCAUUAAUGCAUACACUGCUGUUAUUUAUAGAUUAUCGGAUCUGUGUUGCUGUGAUGUAAAUAAGCUCAAUUCUGUCCUGUGUUGUUUUUUUAAAUUAAUGAUUAUUUAUCACACGUUGGCGAGUACGUUUCAUAAUUUAUGUACAGUCCAUGUGUAGAUCUGCUUGGUAGUUAUAGAAUAGAUCCAACAUUAUGUGGCCUGUUUUAUUUAUUAAAAAAGAGAACAUUUCUGAAAUGUAGAGCUAUCAGAAAAAAAAAUAAAUCAUUGAAUUUUAUUUCCAUAACUGAUGUGUACCAAUGUAUCUUUUUUUUUUUUUUUUA